AUUUCUCUGCAAAACAGUCAAGGACAAGGACGAUAACGAAAUAAGAACAUUUCUUGGAUAUUGAAAAAAAACUAAAUAAUGGGAAGCUCUAAUAGUUCACAGACUAAAUCCGUAACACUUAAUAAGGAGGAUACUGUUGUGAGAGUUUCUGAAAAUGUUGCUAGAAGAUUAACUGGAAAGCCUGAAUUAGAAGAACCGGAAUAUUCCAGUUCGGAAACUUUAACUCCUGAUGAAAAAGAUAAAAUUAGCCAACUUAAAUCUCUUUAUGAAGCAGAAAUAGCUAAGAUUGAAGAGAAAAAAGAAGCACUUACUUUAAUGGGAGUUGGAGAAUUUGAAAAAGCAAUUCAAGAAGUAGAGCAUAAAUUUAUGACUGUAACUCGUCCUGCCGUCUGCGAGGAUUUACAGAAACAAAUAAUGGAAUGCUAUUCUGCUAAUAAAGAUAGAAGUUUACAGUGUUCAUCUGUAGCAAAAGCUUUUAGUGAAUGUGUUAGGAAAACCAGAGAGAAAACUAUAAUUGAGACUCAAUAGUCAUAAUAUAUAUAGCUACAAAUGC